AUGUUUUGGCGGAAGAAGAAAGAGCAACGAGAUGUGUUCACCUUUGAGGAUCUUACGCGAUUUCCGAUGGUCUUCUAUAAAACCAUUGGCGAGGAUCUUUAUUCGGAACGGGAUAAGAAUCUGUUGCGUCGCUAUCUGUUGCGUUUCUAUCUGAUAUUGGGAUUCCUCAAUUUCAAUGCGUAUGUCGUCGGGGAAAUUGCGUAUUUCAUAGUGCACAUCACAUCGACAACAACGCUGCUGGAGGCAACUGCUGUGGCGCCUUGCAUCGGGUUCAGUUUCAUGGCCGAUUUCAAGCAAUUCGGUUUGACAGUGAAUCGCAGAACGUUGGUCAAGCUGCUCGACGAUCUCAAGGAGAUCUUUCCUAUGUCCAAGGAGAAACAGGAGGCGUAUCAUGUGGCCUACUACAACAAGCAUAUGAAUCGUGUCAUGUGGCUUUUCACUAUUCUCUGCAUGACUUACACCUCAUCGUUCAGCUUUUAUCCGGCCAUCAAGUCGACCAUCAAAUACUAUUUCAUGGGCUCGGAGAUCUUUGAGCGCAACUACGGCUUUCACAUUUACUUUCCCUACGAUGCCGAAACGGACAUCACAGUCUAUUGGUUCUCCUAUUGGGGAUUGGCCCAUUGCGCCUAUGUCGCUGGUGUCUCGUAUGUCUGCGUCGAUCUGCUGCUCAUCACCACGAUCACCCAGCUGACAAUGCACUUCAACUACAUGGCUGACACUUUGGAAGCCUACGAUGGCGAUGCCCACACCGAGGAGGAGAACGUCAAGUGGGCACAGAAUCUCGUUGUGUAUCAUGCCCGGGCCUUAGACCUCAGCGAGGAGGUGAACAACAUCUUCAGCUUCACCAUUCUCUGGAACUUUAUUGCUGCCUCUUUGGUGAUCUGUUUCGCUGGCUUUCAGAUCACCGCCUCCAAUGUGGAGGAUAUUGUGCUCUAUUUCAUCUUCUUUUCGGCGUCGCUUGUGCAAGUUUUUGUGGUCUGCUAUUAUGGCGAUGAAAUGAUCUCGUCGAGUUCGCGGAUUGGACACUCGGCAUUCAACCACAAUUGGCUGCCGUGCAGCUCGAAGUACAAGCAGAUUAUGCGCUAUAUAAUUAUGCGUAGCCAGAAGCCCGCCUCCAUCAGACCGCCCACAUUUCCGCCCAUAUCGUUCAAUACAUUCAUGAAGGUCAUCAGCAUGUCUUAUCAGUUCUUUGCUCUGCUUCGAACUACCUAUUAUGGUUAAUUAUCGAUCAAUUCAGUUGCGAAAUGUUUUGUAUUUCAAAAAGGGAGAACUCAUCAUAAUUACCAUUUGCUUAAUUUGCCAAUAAUUUGCAUUGUUUGCCCAAGCCAAAGUUAGUUAAACGUGUUGACUUAAUAAAUAAUUAUAUAUUUGGCUUUUAUGCAAUUACUUAGCCAACAAAUACUCAAUGUGUAAUUAGGAAUUUAUCCUUAUUAAAUAACCAAAAACCUAGAACACAUUUUCACACUUUGCAAUUGCCUCACGGCACGCAUCGAUGAAACCUCAGAAUUGUUUAACUUAUUGUCAUAUCAGCGUUUAAGGAUUGUGCAACCAUCGUUGGACUUUAAUCCAAAAUCGAAUCGAAACUAUUUGCACAUACAUUAAA